GCUCAGAGGAAGAUACAAUUCCAGUCUCCUCACAGUUACCUGUUGAUCUGCCACAGGGCACAAACAUUACAAUAUAACCAGGGAUCUCUCUCUCUCUCUGCCCCCGCUCCCUACCCACCCAUCGGUGGCACUGGACUUUGUCCCGUUAUAUCAUAAGGAAGUUCUCAUGUCCUUAGUUUUCCAGCGGUGUACUGCGAGUGUGGAUCAAAGUGGAAGAGACCACAGAACGAUGAUGUGAAGACCCUCACAACACAACACAGAGAGGAGCAAGUGGACUAAGGGAGGUCUUUUCACAAAGGUGUUUGGCCAAAGACGGUCCAAGAUGUACCAAGAUCCUUACAGCUUUGACACCAGCAGUUAUGCUAGCUCCGUCAUAUCCAAUGGAUUCUCAGUGGAGACAUCUUCCCAGAUGUCAAAUAUAUCCAGACCAAGUGGCAAAUCCAUAUAUUUGCAGAGAAAAGAGUAUGUGAAAAACAUCAACAAUCAGAUGGGCCGCUUCCAGUACAGAGUUGAGCACCUGUUCACCUGUGAAAUGGAUGGCCGGGACGUGAAUCUGGACGAUUGUAUCGAGCGUCUGAAUAUGCUGGAGGCCAUGGGCAGUGUGUGGGGCCAGGACAUGUUCCUGCAGGUGCGGGAUGGGUCACUUCAGCUCAUCGACAUCGAGACCAAAGAGGAGCUGGAGACGCAUCCGGUCAGUAACGUGUUAGGUGUGCAGGCCGUGCUGGACAACGGCACUUAUAACUCCCUGCUGACAGUGGCCGUGUGGGAGGAGCGCAAGAUGGGCCACAGCGUCUUCAUGUUCCAGAGCGAUUCCCUGAGGGCUGAUUAUAUCAAACAAAAUCUAGACAGAGCCAUCAACUACAGAAGAGUUGACCAUGUAGAAAACAGACAACCCAGGGAUAACCUGAGAGCUAUCAUGGCUGGCAAGAUGAAUAGUAUCCCUCAGAACAACGGACCUGCUUCAGUAGAGUGGGUUCGCCCAGAACAGCCCCCCAUGGAGUGGGACGCCCCAGACUAUGAUGAUAGCCCAUUGCCUACACCCACGCCUCCUGCCAAAUUACCGGAGCCGGUACAAAGGCAGCCGUCACCCCCUCCACCCCAAAGGACCCCCACCCCCCCGCCCUACACAGAGAAAGAGAGAAAUGUGGACAUCUUGAAUCACUUGAUAAAUGACAUCGAGGCCUUCAUGGAUAUAGUGGUCACCGUGGCCCCAAAAGAGAAGAAAAAGAAGAAAAAGGAGAAGAAAAAGAAGUUCAAAGCUAUUGCAGGCAUGCCUUCCCCAGAGGAGUUUGAAAUCUGCUUCCAGAAACUCAAGUUUGCCUUCAACCUUCUGGGAGAACUUAACGGGAAGAUCAGCGAUCCAAGUGCUGCUGACCUUGUCCAUGUCUUCUUCUCCAUCCUCACCUAUCUGGUAAACUACUGCUCUGAGGAACUGCCCCCAUCUAUUGUCGUUCCCCUCUUGAUCCCGGAGAGCAUCAGGCUGAUGAGCGAAGAGGCCACCACAGUGGAGGACCAGUUCUGGCAGACGCUGGGAGACGCCUGGAAUAUCCCCAGUACCCAGUGGCCAGAUGACGACGAGGAGAUUCCUGAGUACUUCCCGACGUUCGAUGAUGGUUGGAUACCCCCAGACGUCACACCUGAGAGUCAGCCGCAGGCACAGCCACAGCCAUGGCCGCCAUCGUCCAGUCGUCCCAUCAGCAGGCAGCCCAGUCAGCACACCAGGAAUGAGACACCACUAAAUCAGGCCCCAUGGAAGCCCCCACCCGAUGAGGAAGAGGAGGAGGCCAAUUACAUGCGUGUGAUCUUCGACUUCACCGCCAGGAACCAGAGAGAGCUCAGCAUCUCAAAAGGGGAAAUUGUCCAGCUGCUGGAUAUGUCCAAGCAAUGGUGGAAGGUACGAAAUAACAAUGGAGAGGUAGGACACGUCCCAAACAACGUCUUGGAGCCACUAGACAAAAAGGAGAGAGAGGAACAACAGCAAGUGGUGACCAUCCCAAACUUGACCAAGAAAUCUAAACCACCAGAGGUGAAGGCCUGGUUGGAGUACAAGGGAUUCAAUAAGAUCACGGUGCGUUGUCUGAGCAUGCUCAGUGGUGCCUCUCUUCUCGGGAUGACCCGCGAGGAGCUGAAGAUGAUUUGUCCUGACGAGGGGGACCGGGUGUUCUUCCAGCUGCAGAAUGUCAAGGCAGCAAAUGCUUUGGCAAGUGAAGUCAGACAUAUGGAAUAAUGACUCAACAAAAGGAACUGGACCCAAUAGAGAAUCUGAAGGACUAAGACAUAACUAAAAACGAUGUGUACGGUCAUUUGGAUACAGGAACCUUUCGUUACAUGCCCGCUAAGGAAGGCUUGGAAGGAUUCUUUGGAAACCACUGUACUUUACUGUAAAUGUAUGCUGUUAAUGUAAGAAUGAGAUUUAAGCAGUAUUUCUUGCAACUCCUGCUGUAACAUAGCAAUCACCUCUAGGAUCCUCCGUUCUGCUGUUCCCAUGGAAACAAAUAUUGUGCCUGAUGCCACAUAUCUACUGUAUACAUCCUACGUGGUCAAUUAUGUACACCUUCAUUCACACAUAAAUAUACUUUGUCUCUAUUUAUGCUCAAUUUUGUCUUGCCAUAACACUAUUUGUAGCAGGAGACAUUUCUCCAUGACCUUGCUCUACAAAUUAAUUACACUAAACUCUAUGCAUUUUCAAGAUGUAGUGAUAAAAUAAAACAAAUAAUAUUCUGCAUGUGUUAUGUUAAAAAUAGUCUUGACAUAAUGCCAUAUGUAAAUUUUCUUACUUAGGAAUGAGCUCAAGUUCAUGAAUAAAAGAAAAUGAGUGGCAAGC